AUGCGACUCCAACAUCUAGCAGAUUUUAAGCCUCAAGCUGCAACUCGAGCUUGGGUUUCCAUCCCAAAUCCCAAUAACCUACCUCUCAUUGCGACUGCGACCUCGGACAAAUCGGUACGGGUAUAUUCCUUGAUCAACUUCACAUUACAUUCGACCUUGGAGGGCGGACAUGAGAGGAGUGUGAGAUCGGCGGCGUGGAAACCGGGUGUGAGGAAGGAUGGGGCUUUGACUAUAGCUACGGGUAGUUUUGAUGCGACAAUGGGGAUUUGGAGAAGAAAAGACGAGCCGAAAGAUACAACGGAGGAUGCGGUAUUGGAGAUGGAAAUUGGUGCUGAUGGAACUGCCCAAAAAGGUCCACAAUUGAGGAGUGGUGGUGAUGAAGAUGGUUAUUCGGAUGAGGGAGAAGAUUGGGAGUUUUCUAUUGUGUUGGAAGGACAUGAUUCUGAGAUUAAGCAUGUAGCUUACUCACCUAGUGGACAAUGGCUGGCUUCAUGCUCAAGAGACAAGUCGAUAUGGAUCUGGGAAGAAAUAGGAGAUGAGGGUGAGGAUGAAUUUGAAACAGUAGCAGUCUUACAGGAACAUACUGCAGAUGUAAAGUCCGUUUGUUGGAGAAAGGAUGAUGGUAAUGGAGAAGUUCUUGCCAGUGGUAGCUAUGACGAUACAAUCAUCUUAUGGAGAGAAGAUGGAGAGGGAGAGUGGGGUGCUGUUGCAACUUUAGAGGGACAUGAUGGUACUGUGUGGGAUUUGGAUUGGGAGCCGGAUGUUUGUAUAAAGUCGGAAAGUAGCGAAGAUCCACCAGUAUCUACACAACGACUACUCUCCUCUUCCGCAGAUAUGACGAUUCGACUUUGGUCAAAAGUCCCUACACCACCGCCACAAAACAAGCCAUCUUAUCUCAAUCCCGGUAUUCCCAGUACCAUGCGACCUGCGCCCGAGAACGAAACCUGGGAAUGCACCGCAACCCUACCCAAGGUACACGAUCUCCCCAUUUACAGCAUUAAUUGGAGUAAGCAAUCUGGCAGAGUAGUAUCUACGGGUGGUGACGGCAAGGUAGCAGUCUACGAAGAACGUACCAAGGGUCGAAAUAUUGUUGGUGGUGCCAUCGAAAAAGAAUGGGUAAUUCUCACUAUUCUUGAGGGUGCUCAUGGACCUUACGAAAUCAACCAUGCUACUUGGUGUAUGAGAUUUGAUAAUGGCAAGAAACUGGAUGAAGAAAUGAUCAUCACAACUGGUGAUGAUGGAAUUGCCAAGGCCUGGUUUAUUGAUGAGAACGUGGAGGAGAACAAAGUAGAAGUAUAA